UUCCUCCCAGGGAUGACCCUGCUCAAUUUCUCCUGUGCUCCGGAAGACAGGAUGUGUGAGGACAACAAGACGGCCACGGCCGGGCCCCGGCUGGUGCCACUGGUGGUGGUGCUGAGCAGCGUGUCUCUGGUCACCGUGGUGCUCAACCUGCUGGUGCUGUACGCUGUGCGCAGCGAGCGGAAGCUGCACACUGUGGGCAACCUGUACAUCGUCAGCCUCUCGGUGGCUGACCUGAUCGUGGGCGCCGUGGUCAUGCCCAUGAGCAUCCUCUACCUCCACAUGUCCGCGUGGAUCCUGGGCCGGCCGCUCUGCCUCUUCUGGCUCUCCAUGGACUACGUGGCCAGCACAGCGUCCAUCUUCAGUGUCUUCAUCCUGUGCAUCGAUCGCUACCGCUCAGUCCAGCAGCCUCUCAGGUACUUGCGGUAUCGGACCAAGACACGAGCGUCGGCCACCAUCCUGGGGGCCUGGCUUCUCUCCUUCCUGUGGGUGAUUCCCAUCCUGGGCUGGCACUUAAUGGCCCCGAAGUCAGGGCCCCGGGAGAACAAGUGUGAGACGGACUUCUACGAUGUCACCUGGUUCAAGAUCAUGACCGCCAUCAUCAAUUUCUACCUGCCCACCCUGCUCAUGCUCUGGUUCUACUUCCGGAUCUACAAGGCCGUGCGGCGACACUGUCAGCACCGCCAGCUCCUCAACGGGUCCCUCCCUUCUUUCUCAGAGCUGAAACUGAGGUCGGAGAGCGCCAAGGUGGACACUGGGAGGCCGGGAAAGGAGUCGCUCUGGGAGGAUCUGAAAAGGCGGUCAAAAGAUGUCAGUGGGGCGCCCGCCCCGGUGCCAUCUUCUGGAGGUCCCGUGGUGGUCACACCCGAGGUCGCCUUCAGCCAAGAGGAGGGCGGAGAGGCAGGCACUCUGCAGAUACCCAUGGUGGCAGUGGGAGGUGGCAGGUGCUACGAAGCUCUGGACCGCGGGCAGAGCCAGCUUGGGCCUGGUGAGCGGAACCGGGUCUCGUGUGACAGCGCCACGCCGGAGGAUCGGAUGCUGGUGGACAGACAGUCCUUCUCCAGGACCACGGACUCUGACGCCAGCAUGGAGGUGGCGCCGGGCAGCAGGCAGCUGCGCAGUGGGUCCAGCACCGGCCUGGACUACAUCAAGCUCACCUGGAGGAGGCUGCGCUCGCACUCGCGGCAGUACGCCACCGGGCUGCACCUGAGCCGGGAGCGGAAGGCAGCCAAGCAGCUGGGGUGCAUCAUGGCGGCCUUCAUCCUCUGCUGGAUCCCCUACUUCGUGUUCUUCAUGGUGAUCGCCUUCUGCAAGAGCUGCUGCAGCGAGCCCGUGCACAUGUUCACCAUCUGGCUGGGCUACCUCAACUCCACGCUGAACCCGCUCAUCUACCCGCUGUGCAACGAGAACUUCCGGAAGACGUUCAAGAGGAUCCUGCGCAUCCCGCCCUGAGGGCGGGGCGGGGGGGGGCGGCCUGGAGACGGAGGGCAGGAGCCUGUGUCUUACAGGUACCUGGGCUUCCUGCAGUGGAGGCCACAGUGUUGGUUAGGGCUGAGGGGGCCAGAAAAGGUCUCAGCGGGCGGCGCGUGAAGAAGAGCAGGUGGUGCUGAGCAGCGGGAAGACCGCACUGGGAGCACUGGGCAGGGAUCCUCAAGAGCCCGGCGGGCACCUCUCUCCGGAACCCAUGCUGGGGCCGCCCAAGCUUCUCCCUUACCCUUUCUCACGCACAUGUGGCUUAGAGUUGGCAGAAAAUUAUGCAGCGUGAAUGUCCAUGUUUUCUAUACCAACUUCCUUUAGGUUCUUCGGUACUUGGGGACAAAGCCGCCUUCAGAAGAGAGAGACAGGAGCAAUUUGAAGGGCUGUAUGUUCAAAGCAACGGGCCAGGGUGAGAGCGGCUGAUGUCCCAAGGGUUGGGCCAGGCGUGUGGCACUGGCGCUCACCACACCACGAGAGGACGGUAGCCGGUGAGUUCCAGCUCGCAGGAGCAGAACAAGGUCCAGCCAGGUGCCAGGAGGAACCGAAGGGCAAGGUCACAGAGUAGCUGUGCAGGAGAGUCGGGGAGAAAACCCAGUGGGGUUUCAGCUUGUCCUCACAUUUUCUCCAAAAGGCAAAAAUAAUAUGUCCUAUUGCAAGCCCACACCUACACACGAGAUUCCCAGGAGGGGUGACAAGUCCCCAAACCACAUGUAGGGAAGAAGAGCAGCUGCCUCGGAGCAGAUCUGUAGCCCCAGAGGGAGACUCUCGGAAGGGACAAUGGACAUUUUCAUCCGUGAGUCAAGAGGUCUUCGUGUUCUUUUAUAGUCUCCCUGUGGAGUCACAAGUGACAAAGCCACGGGAACAUGCCGCUUAUGUGAUGCUUACGUCACAGUCUGGUUGUGAUUUGUAUUUUAAAACUUAACAUGUGUAGGGAGUGGAAAUGCUUAUCCACUCGGACCUUCUGUGUCUCGUGUUCCUGUGUGCAUGACCUGUUCAAAUGAGAUAUUUUUACCUCCCUAAAAUGUACUGGUGGAAAGGAUACUGUUCUGUGAUUUGUUCAUCUCUUCCUUUAGGAGUCCCUUGGGCAGAGAAAAUAUACAGGAAGGUGCUGUGGGGCAUGACAAGACGCUGGUGGGGUUCUGGUUGCUUUCUGGUCAUGUCUAAAUGUCUUUCCAAGGGGAGUUUUAGAAAAAGAUUCACUCUCCUUCCACUUUGCUUCCUGGGAAGUUCCUCAUGCUCAAAAUCAGGGCACUGCAGAGACUCUUCCUGGUGUCAGAAGCUGCACUGUCACCUGAGAGCAGCACUUUGGAACCAAAGAAGCCUCAGGGACCCUGGUUAAAAGGUGGGGCCGUAUGCCCAGUGUGGGGAAAAGAAAUGGGGGUGAACUUGGUUUUGGGUUGGAGUCCUGGAUUUGGGUCUGACAAGAACAAUAAAUAGAUGUUGUCAGAACCUAAGAACCAAGGUCUGUGCUUUAGUGUAUGUGGUGCCUCUGUUGCUCAUGGUAUCAGAGCACGGAGGGCUUUCAUACAGAUUUUAACAGUGCACUGAGUCAGAGCUGCCAAGAGGGUGAACAACUGCAAUCCCAGCACUCUGGGAGGGUGAGGCAGGAGGAUCUCAAAUUCUAGCCCAGUCUGGAUAACUUAGUACCUUAACAAGAUUUUGUCUUCAAAAUAAAAAUAAAUAGGCUUGGGAGGUAGAAGAGUAACUAGGGCUUGGUGAGAAGGCCCUGGGUUCAGUCCCCAGUGCAAGAACAAAAUAAAACAAAAGCCAGAUACUAAGCGAGCCUCUGCUGCAGGGAGACAGGACGGUCUGGCCUUGGCUGAUGUGGCAUGUGUGAGGUUCCCCUGUGGGGAGUGUGUGUCCUGCUCCGCUGACUGCAGCAUAGGGGGUGACGAUGGAUUGGCCUCAGUUGCUGUGGUCUUCUGACACAUCCUGGGGCCUUACUGUGUGUGAGAAUGUUCUCCGCCUUUCUGGGGGCCCUAAGUCUCUUUUCUUUUU